UUAGGGUUUGUGGGCAGUAACGAGGAAGUGCAGUCACGGAUUGAAGGUGUCUAACUGCUUCUGCUCCCUUAUUGAGAUUCCAGCUUCGUGAUGGCGAUAGAUUGGAUUGGAUUCGGCUAUGCUGCUGCCAUCGCUUUUGGAGGAUUUAUGGGAUACAAGAGAAAAGGCAGUGUGAUGUCCUUGAUGGCCGGUUUAGUUUUCGGCGGAUUUUCUGCUUACGGGGCCUUUAAUGUCUCUAAUGACACAAAGGACAUCAAGGUCUCACUGCUUGCCUCAGGAGCCCUCGCAGUCGUCAUGGGAAUGAGAUACAAGAAAUCUGGGAAAUUAGUGCCUGCUGGGAUCAUGACGGGGCUAAGUUUGUUGAUGGUGUUCCGGCUCUUGCUGCUGAUCAUGGUGUGACUGAGAGAGCAACUCUGAGCGGACCAAGGGCUCUCUGGCUCACAGUGAACAAAGCUUUGUUUUAAAGGAAACAUUAUUUCCUCUUAUCACACUAAAACAAGUCCUAUAGUUUGUGGAUCUUCCCAUUGUAGUACAUCUCUUGCCAAUUUUCCAUAAAUCAGUUUUUUUUUAAUAUGACCCUGUGUAUGAAUGUAAAGCUCAUGAUUUGUGAAUAAUUUCUCAGUAUUUUUCCCUCUAGCUACAUUACUGACAGCACAACAGAUAUAUCUGAGCUUUGUGAAUGCCUUGCAGCGGGUUUUCUAUGUAUUCUACUACAUCGUUUGUGCAGGCUGCUAAAAUACAAGCUGAAACAUUCCGGAUUAAACAACUAAAUCUGCAUUCUUGUCUGCUUUUGAGGGAAAAGAAUUAAAGCUAAUAUGUUUGCAAUUUUUGUAAUAAUAUAUAAACUAAAUAAACGUGAUUUUGUAUUAAAA